AUGUAUGUAUAAUGGUUAGUUUAUAAUAAUUUAAUGAAGCUAUUACAAUGUAAUUGCUCUUAAUUCAAAAUAUUUCUGAAAGAGCUUUAAGAGAAUCACCAAAUUUUUACAAAAUAAAUCAAAGGUUCUGAAGGAACUGGCCAUGUUAUACUCACAUGAUCAACAUAACAUUUGAAAUUAUGACCAUUUUAAUCUAAUUUAUAUUGGGUUUAAUAUAGAAAAGGAGCUAGACUAUUUUAUUUAAUGCAAACAUUUAUAGGAAUUAUAUACAUAGCCAAUAGGGCAUUUAGAAAAAGACAAGGAUUUCAUACAUUAAAUAUUGUAGCUUAAGAAGUCCUGCACUAUCGACAUGACUAACUACAAAAUGUAAGAUUGAACAUCUGAUUUUAAAACAAAUUUUCUUUUUUUUCAUUGUUUAAAUGAAGUCUGGCAGUUUUCUAAAGUUGUUCUAUUACUGUUCAGCAGUUCAGUGCCUGUGUAACUUGAUAUGCAUGUGCUAGCAGAUAUAUAUUUUUGUUUGACUCCAACCAACGAUUGUAAUUGCAGUAUGAAUGAUUUUUACUAAUGACAUAUCAAAGUGCUAGAUUUGAUCUAUUCUACAUUAAUUUUGUGAAGAUUUUUUGUCUAUAAUAUUAAUAUUUUGCCAUUGAACAUGAUGAAUACAGCUGAACAAUUUCUGGUUAGACAGUUCUAAUAAAGAAUGAAGGAUGUGCUAGUCAUGACUCCUCCCUUUGCAUCAAAAUUGCAGCUGUAGCAAAAAAAGUAUAAUUUACUAAGCUUUAAAUCUGGAAAUUAAAUUUCACAUUUAGCUUUCAUUGGACACAUAUUUUGAUUAUAUUUAUACAGCCCUCCCUUAAUUAUAAAGAUUAACUACAUGUAUCAGUGGACCAUACAUGAUAUUUAAGAGAUUGAAUUUUAGUUCAGAACCAUAAUUCGAGAAAUUCUCCCUAAAACACAGUUGUAACAAAAAUUUGUACCUGUUUAUUAUUUGCAUCACUGUCUUGAUAUGUCGUCUGGAAGCUUUGCUAGUCUUUCAAGUUCUGAAGAUGAUGAUAUUCCUCAUAGUAAAAUCAUUAAUACCAGUACUUCCAGUUUCCAUCUCCAAAUGGAGAACUCAGACUCGGGGUCGGAUGACGGUUCGAAAACAGUGGAUAUAGGUACAUCUAUACAAGAAAAGGGUCCUUCUGAAAGUCCUCUCCGAAAGAAGCAAAGGAAUGCUGUGUUGGCGCCUCUAGAUUUGUCAGCCCCUUCAGAACAGUUUAUGCCUGGAGCAUGCGGUGGACCAGCAGAUAUGGACACACCAAUUUCGAUUCGACGAAGAUUAACUUCAACACCUAACGCCUUUCACACCAGCGCUGCACACAAUAAUGUCAACAUUGAGUCAGUUAAUGAGCUAAUGAAGAGAAUGAUGGAUGCUCAAACUGAGAUUUUGAUGAAGACAUUGACAGAUCAAGGGGAAAAAAUUGAAGAAUUACAUCACAUGUUACAGAGGAUAGAUUUACAUGCAGGAGCUCAGAAAAAAGGAAAAAUAAGAGCUGUCCAUGUUCCUGCUCAUAUUAAGCAAGCUGUUCGUGAUGCUUACAGGCAUAGCACUACAGAAAAAAAUUUAAUCUGGACAUGUAAAACAGCAGCUGGUUCUAUUUUGAAGUAUUCUGCAGAGGUAAAUAAAGAGAUGUCUGAGGCUAUAUGUCUUUAUGUCAAAGGACAAUUUUCAACAACAGAAGAAGGUGUUAUUAAGACUGGUAUUGAGACAUAUUUCAAUACCAUAAAACAAAGGAGACAAAUGGAGGAGGAUGGAAAAAAGGCCUCACACAACAGAAAAAUGGUUUUGUAUGGGAGAAAGAACAGGAAGCUUCAAAAUAGAGUUAAGGCCCUUCAAGCAAAGAAACUACCAGUGCCUGAAGAGGAAAAACUAAUGAAGGCCAUAAAAAUUGAUUUCAUGUCGAGUGAGGACAGUGAUUCUGAAGAUGAAACGCGCCUUAUUACAAGACCUCUGCCAUGGCUGUCGAAAGAUUUUAAAUCUUACAUGGAUAAACUUGACAGUAAAUACCAGAGACAGCUCAAUGCACAAGGCAAAAAGUUGAGAUCUAAGAGAGUUGUUGGCAGGCCAUCAGAGAGGCCUUGUCCCAAUAAAUCCCAAGACCUGUCAUGGGUUUUUGCUUGAGGGCAUAACCUACAUAUUUUUUUGAUUAUUUUUCUUUUGUUUUUUCUGUUUAAUUAAAUGCUGAAUGAUAAUUUGAGUGUCUCUGGUAUUUGCUGUCUUAGAUUUUCCAUCUAAGAUUUCACCACAUUAUUUAUAUAUUUUGGUCAAUGGGAGAUAACUUUGUAUAUUUAACAGUUUACCAAUUGUUAUCUCUUUUUAACAUGUUUGAAAAUUAAUGAACAAUUAAUCUUAAAAGAAAUAUUAUUUUCACUCAAUUGUCCAAGUACAUUUAAUAUUUGAUAGUCAUGUGCAUGAAAUUUCAUAAUUUAGUUGAUAAAAAAUAUUUGUGUGCUAUUUAAUUCAAUUAUACAUAUCAUAAAAUGUCUUUUUUUACUUUUAUCAUAUGUAUUCAUUUGGGGUGAGAUCCUAUAAAAUUUAAAUUAAUGUCUGAGCAGCACAUUGGUUUGAAAUUAGCAGCUAUGUUAUGUUUGCUGUUUUAUUUUUUGCUAUUUGAUGUGUUUGGUUUAUUUUUAGAUUGAAAAUAUUGCAAGCAAGGGAGGUUAUUCAUAAAUAUUCUUAUGAUACCAAACUUUGAAAAUGCUUAUGUUUGCUGUUUGUUAUAACCCUUUUGCAAUGAUUUUUAAACAAGUAAUCAUGUUAAUUUGCCAUAUACCAUUAUUUUGUUGACUAGUUUGAAUUUGAUGUAUAUCUUUACUUAUUUCAAAAAAGUGUUUUUUGUAUAUGUUUACAUAGUAAAAUUAUAGUAAUUGAUAUUACGAAAAUUUUGACAGUUGGAUGUUUUUUCUUGGAUAUUAAUGACAUUUGCCUUGUUACAAAACCUCUGACUAGGCUGUCGAAAGAUUCUAAAUCUUGCAUGGAUAAACUUGGCAGUAAAUACCAGGGACAGCUAAAUGCACAUUGCAAAAAGUUGAGGUCUAAGAAAGCCUUGUCUAAAUAAAUCUCCAGAACUUGCAUUUAAUUGAGUUUGCUUAAGGGCAUAUGACAAAAAAAUAAUCCUUCAAUUUUGAAUAGGGCCAAAUAAAAAGUACACUUUUGGAAUUAGCAAAGAAGAAAAUGACUUCAUGAUUUACUUUUGAAUUAUAGUUUAUAAAGAUUACCAGUAGAUCAGCCUAAGGAAAACCUUUGAAAAUAAGUCAGACAGAAUAUUUUGAUUUCUUGAACUUAACUUGAAGAUUUUUUUAACUAUACAAGAUAAACAAUUGCUUUCUGAUUUCAACAUUUGAUUUUUACUAUAAAAAUCAUUUACAGGUGCAACAUAUAUUUGUCAUUAGAUAAUGUUAUUGUGUUUGUUUGACCUACAUAUUUUUUAUGCCUUAUUUAUGGUCAAUAUGUUUUUCUUGUCUUGGCAUCAGUCUGUCCCUUUGUUUGUUCUGUUUGUCCUGUUUCCGGUAAAAGUUUUUGGUCAAGGUAGUUUUCAAUGAAGUUGGAAGUUCAAUGAGCUUGAAACUUAGUACACAUGUUCCCUGUGAUCUAUGAUAUAAUCUUUCUAAUUUUAAUGCUACAUGAGAGAAUUUCACCAAUUUUCAGUCCACUGAACAUAGAAAAUGAUAGUAUGAAGAAGGCAUCCAUGUACUGGGGACACAUUCUUGUAUUAAUUAAAAAAAAAAUGCCUUUUUUAAUUGAUUAAAAGCUGAAUAAUAAUUUGGGUGCGGUUCAUUUAAGUGUCUGAUAUUUGCUGUCUUAGAUUUUUCAUCUAAGAUUUCACCACAUUAUUUAUAUAUAUUUUGGUCAAUGGGAGAUAACUUUGCGUAUUUAACAGUUUACAAAAAUGUUACGUCUAUUUUGAAUGUUUAAGUAUUAAUAAACAAUUAAUCUUAAAAACAUAUUAUUUUUGUUCAAUUUUCCUAUGUCCUAGUACAUUUAAUAUUUGAUAAUUUUGUGCUUGAAAUUUUUUAUUUUUUUAAUAAAAAGUUUAUUUGUGUGCUAUUUUAAUCAAUUGUAUAUAUUUGAAAUUUACUUUUCCUUCAAUUAUUUUUUACCUGUAUCUUGUGUAUAUAGCAUUCAGGGUGAGGUUUGAUAAAAUUUGAAUUAAUGUCUGAGCAGCACAUUGGUUGUUCAUUUAGCAACUAUGUUAUGUUUGUUGUUUUAUUUUUUGUUUUUGAUGUAUUUGGUUGUUCCUUUGAUUGACUAAUAAUGCUAGCAAGGGAGAUUAUUCAUUAAUAUUUUUAUGAUACCAAACUUGAAAAAAAGCUGGGUAUGUUUGCUAAUUGUGAUAACUCCAAUGUUAUGAUAUUUAAACAAGCAAACUCAAAUAGUAAGCAUGUUUCUUUGUCACAUACCAUUAUGUUAUUGACUAGUUUGAAUUUGAUGUAGAACUGAACUUUUAUUUGUUUACACGGUAAAAUUGUAGUUCCUUGAUGUAACCAACAUUUUGACAGUAUAUUUUAUUGAUAAUCAAAAUAACUUUGAUUUGUCAAUAUCUGAAUAAAAUUAAUUUGAUAAAGACUUUGUUUCUUUUAUUAAAGUAUAUACAAAGGGAGACAAUUCAAUUUAAAAAAAAUAUUAUUCAAUCUGUAUAAAUAUGCCCAAGACAGGAUGGCAAUAAGAUAAAACAGGAAAUUGUUGUGUAUGAUUAUGCUUUGUCCAAGGGUUUUUGUUAUCUCCUGUAUUAUAUAUUGUUGCAAUUAUCACACAUAGAGAUAGAUAGGCUUGCCCUGAAGUCUAUAUCUUAAUUUUGUGUUAUGUGCAAGUCUUAAAAUUUAAACAUUUUAAGUUCUCAUAUAAAAUCAGAGGCAUUGGCAUUAUUUACUUACAGAUAAAGGCAUACUUACAAACUGGUAUUAACCUUUGCAAAUAAAUGACUUAUAAACUUUGGAUUAUAGUUGUAGUUUCAUCUUUACAGACUUUAAUGAUACUGACAAACCAUACAUUUGCAAUUGGAACCCAAAAUCUUAUUCUACUGUUAUUAAACUGAGGAGCAAUCCCUGCCUUCAAGUCUCAAACUUUGUAUAUAUUGAUAAGAAAAGUUG